UAUUUCAUUGCAAUAUCGUUUUAAAUCUUUUAACCUUAUCUGACCCCCUUUUUAUGCUUCUAUUGAGCCGAGGGUCUCUCGGAAACAGCCAUCCUACCUUGGUAGGAGUAAGGUCUGCGUACAUUAUACCCUCCCCAGACCCCAAGAUGUGGGAUUUCACUGGGCUGUUGUUGUUGUUGUUGUUGUAUGGAGUACUAAGGCAAUAAGGAAAGGAGUAUGAAUUCUUAAACUAAUUUUUAUGUUGCAAUUCUAGUACUAUUAAGCAAAUGCCCUUACUCGAGUUUUCAGAAAUUUAAUUUAUAUAGUUCUUGCAGUAGCGAUGAAAGUGUGACUAGCUUGUCUAUGAUGGUGUGACCACAUAGAUUGAAAUUUGGGUUUUUAAAGCUACUAGCUGAGCAGCUAGUAGGUGGCUUAAUUAUGAAUGACUAACUUGGGAAGUUAGUUCCUAAUCUUUUGUGUUAUAAUGAAUAUGUUAUGCAACAUCUGUGUGGUGUUAAAUUAGCAUUUUUACAGUGUUUGAAAUACGUCAUAUGAUCUUAAAUUUAUUACCUACACGUAAUCUGCAUAAUGAUAGCUCUUCAUAAGUGCAAACUUUUUUAGUUUUUCAUCGUUCCAUGGAAGCCUAAUGAGACCAAAGGUUGUGUUCUAAAAGACUAAAACAAGAGAGAAUGAAUCUGAUUCCCAUCACAAUUUUAACUUACUAUAAAUGAGUGACAUACUCAGGAAGAUUCAAGCAAUGUUUUUUUUGUGUGUGUCUGAUUAAUUGGUCUACAAUUUACCUGGUUUUAUAUAAGUAGUGAUGGUACAUGAGUUGGGUCUCGUGUAAACCUGUAAAUUGCAGAUUUGGUUCCAAAGUUGCUAGUGAUGCCGCCGAUAAUGGCUUUACUGUGAACGUAGAUUAAUGAUUUGAGCCGAGAAAGAUAGUGUAGUUUUAUACCUUUAUUUCAUUGUACCUUAUAUGAAAUAGUGAAAUUUGCCCAAUAUGUUGAUUUUAAGUUUUUCUAAAAUGCUCGGGAUGGGGAGGCUUGCCGGUGUUUGUGACAGGAUGGGUUAAGUAGGCAGUUGCUAGGUUGGGGUAGAGAUUGUGGGUAUGUGCGGGAGAUAUCCAGGCUCAGUGAGGGCAUGCAAGGGUUAGGGGGUUGUAGAGCUAACUUCAUCAAAAGCAUUGUAUCAAAAUAGAGUAAUGUAAAUGAAAACAAAUGAAGUAUUAUUAUUUUUAUUUGUUAUGAAAAAGGAUAAUGUAAAUAAAAACAAUAAAAACAAAUGAUUUGAAUAAGUAUAUGAGUACAAUCUGAGACAGAAUGUGCUCAAGUGUCUUUGUAAAAGCAUUUGGUUCUAUUGUUGAUGAGAUGAAACAUAUAAGGGAUGAGUCUAAUGACCAAGUUACUGUUACUGUGAAUGCAAUCAUAUGGCCGACUCCUCAGCCAAUUGGGACAAUCUCAUGGAGGCAGCAAUUUCUGCAACCUGGCUGUUUUUCUCUGCAAUUCCAACUCUUCUGGCUUUUAGGCGAGCUGCAGAUUCAGUAGCGAAGCUAAUGGAUGUUACUAGAGAGGAGCUUCCUGAUACUAUGGCUGCAGUUCGACUCUCUGGUAUGGAGAUCAGUGACCUAACCAUGGAGCUCAGUGACAUUGGCCAAGGAUUAACACAAGGCGUUAGAAGCUCAACUCGAGCUGUCCGCUUAGCAGAGGAAAGAUUGCGACAAUUUUCAAGCACAAAUCAAUCAGCAACCAUGCAGGGUCUACUAGUCCCAACGGCGACCAGGACAGCAGAACCAGCUUUAGCCAAAAAGGCGAGGGACCUAAGGGAAGGGAUAGUUAAAGGUCGUCAAGUUUUGCAAAUGCUUUUCGCCCUCACCCGGUAUUCCACAACGGUCUCCAAUUUCUUGAAAUCCAGGGCAAAGACAUAGAUUCAGUAGCAUUAGAUCCAAGGAAAUCAAAUCUGCCUUUAGUAGCAUAACUCUUGUCCAAUGUCUGUGGUCCUUCUAUUGGCUGUGGUUGAAUGUUCACUUUCACCAAGUACUAGACUGUUACUAACAUAUUUCUUUCUUGCUAUGUUCAUGUACAUCAGACUUUUAUCUAUGUUAACUUUCCUUAUUUCAUGGAUUUGGUGGGCUGAUCCACAAUGUAGUUCAGUUGGAUCGUUCUUUUGUCUAUCAAAGAGUAUCCUUUUCCCCUUCU